UUGUCCUCACGGCGCUGCGCUCCGCCUGAAUGUAACCGAAGCUCGUUUUUUAUUUCUAGCGGAGAGUCAUUCUGAGCCAUUUAAUUUUUACAGACUGUUAGGCGAGCGGAAGGAUCGAAAGAUGGUGUUAGUACAUGUCGGAUACCUGGUUCUUCCCGUGUUCGGCUCGGUGAGAAAUAGAGGAUCUCAGUUUAACAGGCAUCAGCAUAGCCAUGCUACCUCUUGCCGGCAUUUCCACGUAGGGCCCCAGACCCAGAUCCCUGUUGACUUCCCAAUGCCCCAUCCAGGACAAUCUCAGGCGGGUAUGAACCCGCAUCUCGGCCCGACACACCAGCCAGCCACCUCGCUGCAUCCACCCCUCGGCCACAUACCAGCGCCACAGUUCCAGGACAUCCAAGGUUCCCCCUUCCUACCUCAGGCUUUACACCAGCAAUACCUCAUCCAGCAGCAGAUCCUGGAGGCACAGCACAGGAGGUUCCUUCCACAGCCCAGACAUGCCCAAGACAGGACGGCACACCAUCCUCAGACGAUGCGCACCCCCUAUGAAUAUGCCCCGUCCAUGCACGUUCCUCCUCCCCCACCUGCACCGCAGCAACCCCGCUACCUUGCUGAAGGAACAGACUGGGACCUGAGUGUAGACCCUGGGCUGCCACAUUCACACUACCAUGUUCCUCAGCUCCCACAGCACUAUCAGCACUACCUGGCCUCUCCCAGACUGCAUCACUUCCCCAGAAAUGCAUCCUCAGCACAAGUGGUUGUCCAUGAGAUCAGGAACUACCCCUACCCACAGUUACAUCUAUUGACCCUGCAAGGCCUCAAUCCCUCUCGUCAUGCCACUGCUGUGAGAGAAAGCUAUGAGGAACUAUUACAGCUGGAAGAUAGACUUGGUAAUGUGAACCGAGGAGCUGUGCAGACCACCAUUGAGAGGUUUACAUUUCCCCAUAAGUACAAAAAGAGACGACCACUGGAGUUGAAAAUCGGGAUGGAUGAGGACGAGCUGGACACAGAUGAAAAGUGUACAAUCUGCCUGUCAAUGCUCGAGGAUGGAGAGGAUGUGAGGAGAUUACCCUGCAUGCACCUCUUCCAUCAGGCCUGCGUCGACCAGUGGCUCGCGACCAACAAGAAGUGUCCAAUUUGCAGGGUAGACAUUGAGACCCAGCUAACUCCGGACAGCUGAUGUCUCUCGUAGCGUUGGUGAAAGCACUGUCCUUUUUCACUGUCCCUUUUUGGGUACUUUGCCAAAUGUCUGUCUCUCCAUCACCUCUCACCUUUGACCUUGCCUUCUGAGCCAACCGAAGACGUGAAGCAGGUAGGAUCCGUGUCAUAUAGCGAAGUCCGUGAAACAGAAAGAAGUGGGAGGAUUCAUGGAGAAGAACGUUCACAUCUGACGCGAGUGUCCAGAGCAGGUUUCGGUGGGAUUUCAGGGGGGUUUGCUGAGUCUGUCAUUGUGAUGGUUUCGAUUAAAGUCUCCUGCGUGGACAUUCUGUGUGUUUAGGACAGUAAGUGCAGCUCCUGGAGGAUAAUUUUG